UCCCCGGUCUCCUCCGCUCUCUCGCGGCGUGCAGAACGAGGCUAGCGCCUGAAAUUAAACAAUGUAACUUCAACGUGACAACUUGGGAGUGGAAUACCAUCCCUCUGAGGGCAGAUAACUGACUCCGCUCGACAAACGCGUAUUUUUGGCGUCUGUCUUGUCUUCGCAUUCACUUUUAAUUAGGAGACGCGCAAAGCUCCGGACGACCCAUCCUCCUUUCACACACCGGCGGGUGCCCAGCGCGGCUUUACAAUGGUACUCUGGUUUGUCAUCGGUGUGCAGGUCUUGUUGACUGUCAGAGGGCAGCCUCUACUGCAAGGAUCCUGCAGUUUCGAACAGAGUACAUGUGGAUAUUCAUCCGAUCCUGCCUACGAAAAAUGGACCAUAAACGAAGAAGGUCGCUUUAUCGCAGUGGACUCGGGACGGGCGGUUCUGGUGAGCCCGGACCUGGAGCUGCUGGACUGGAGCUGCCUGCGGCUGGUGUACCAGAUCACCGGGUCGGGGUCCGUGAGCCUGCACCUGCGGCCCGAGGACGAGAACUUCGACUACGCCCUGUGGAGCUCCAGCACGCCCUCCGACAGCUGGGUCAUCGCCAGCGUGGACCUGCGCAACACGUCCACCUCUUAUAAGGUCUUAAUGGAAGGCAGACCAGGAAAAGGAGAAGGCAAGAGCGUGGCCAUAUUUGAAAUACACAUCGUGCCCGGAUACUGCAUAGAUUGUAACUUUGAGGAGCACCACCUCUGUGGGUACAGCAAUCAGUGGAACCCCAACGUGAACUGGUACGUGGGGGGAAGCAUCGCCAGAGACCCCCAGUCCAACCUGCCCGAUGACCACACCAUGAACAACGAGAGAGGCCACUACAUGUACGUGAACUCGGUUUACGCCAAGAAGUUCCAGGAAGUGGCCAAGCUGUCGUCGCCCAUGACGACCACGCCGAUGGCGGGGUGCUUGACCUUCUACUAUCAGCGGGACCAGGAGCGAGGGAACAUCUUCUCCGUUUACACCAAGGACCAGCUGGGCCACUACGAGGAGAUCUGGAGGCCAGAGGUGUACGCCACCUCUCACUGGAAACUGGUCCAGGUGGACAUUAAAGCCCCCCACCCCCUGGAGGUGGUGUUCGAGGUGGCUUUCAACAGCCCCAGAGGAGGGUACGUGGCCUUGGAUGACAUCUCCUUCUCGCCGGAGUUCUGUAACACGGAGACAGAGCCGCCUUUUGACCCGUCCAUCGCCAGCUGCGACUUUGAGGAGGGGUUUUGCCGGUACUACCAGGAGCUGGCGGAGGGCUCCGUGUGGAGUAGGGUUUCGGUGAAACCCAACGUCUACAGGAUAGGGGACCACACCACGGGCACAGGGUUCUUCCUCCUGGCGAACACGCGGUUCACGUCGCGGCCCGGGUACGUGGGGCGCCUCCACGGGCCCGUCCUGCCGGAGAACCUCCGGUACUGUCUGCGCUUCCACUACGCCCUCCACGGCUUCCGGAAGGUGGACAACGCCCUGGCCGUCUACGUCUACGAUGACCACAACGUGGCGCAGGAGAAGGUGUGGUCGCUGUCCGACGCGUCCCGGGACGUCUGGAUCGAGGUGGACAUCACGUUCCAGAAACCCAUGCCCACAAAGGUGGUGUUUGUCAGCAUAUGCAAGAACUUCUGGGACUGUGGACUGGUGGCCCUCGAUGACAUCAUCGUCAGUCUCGGGGACUGCCGUGUAACUGCAGGGAUGGCGCGCUCCCUCCCCGGGCAGUGCGACUUCGAGUUCGGAAACUGCGGCUACACCCAGGACAAGAAGGGCGACAUGGGCGACUGGGUGCGCAUGAGGGGCCACACCCCCACCUCCUACACCGGCCCGAAGGGGGACCACACCACAGGGGUAGGGUACUUCAUGUACACCGAGGCGUCCCACAUGUUGCCGGGCCACAGCGCGCGGUUGCUAAGCGCUGAGCUGCGGGGGUCGGCGGUGCCCCAGUGCCUCCUGUUCUACUACCACAUGUACGGCUCCGGGACGGGGCAGCUGAGCCUGUACCUGCGGCGGGAGGGGGGCCGCCAGCACGCCCGCGAGGCCCUGCUCUGGAGGCGGCGCGGGGAGCAGAGCGUCUCCUGGAUGCUGGGCGCGGUGGACUACACCUGCGAGGACCGCCACCAGAUUGUAUUCGAAGCUAUCCGGGGGCCGUCGAUAAGAAGCGAUAUUGCAGUCGAUGACAUCGUGUUUAAAAAGGGACCGUGUACAGAUCCUGGGGACAGCAUUCCAUACUCCGGCUUUUCAGAAAACUUCAACGAAAUCGACUAUUGAGUGCGGCACUUGAGUGAGCGUGCGUUGGUCUGUGUGUGUGUGUACGUGUGUGGUGUAUGUUUGGG